AUGCGGAUCAACGAUAUAAUAAUUCAUGAUACACAGAAGGGUGAGUCCGGUGACUCGAACCCAUGUGGUUUGCAUUGGGGCCUCAAACAACGUACAAUAGCUUACAUGGAACCAUUCACACUUGAUGUCUUUAUUUCUAAGCGCUUUGUCUCAGCCUCACUCACACACAGGGUAACAAGCAAGCCGGUUGCAGUUGCUAGUACCAAGUUUAACGACAUCAAGGCAAUGCUCAAGUCCCGGUCGGAUAUACCCGCUUGUUUGGCAGUUGGGCGAAUUUUAUCAGAGAGAGCAAGAGAAGCUGAUGUGUACACUGCUUCUUAUACUCCGAGGGAGAGGGACAAGUUUGAAGGAAAGAUUAGAGCGGUUGUCCAGUCUCUCAUUGACAAUGGUAUUGAUGUCAAAGUCUAUCUUGAUUGAACCGGUUCUUUCUUUCUUAUUUUGCCUUUAUUUUAUUUUAGCUUUAUCGGCACCCUCCGUAGGUGAACAUCAUCCUUCUGUCACUGUUGUAGCCCCUUUUCCUUUUGUAUUUCCUAGAAGAGUAGCAUGUCAGCUUCCUUAGCAACUAUUUUUUAAUGUAAAAUGGAAAUUCCCUGUG